AUGUCGCGCAGCGUGACAGUGGCGGUGGCGUAUAUAAUGUCGGUGACGCCAUUGAAUUGGCGUGAAGCGUUGAAAGUGGUGCGUGCAGGCCGCGCCGUCGCCAACCCUAACCUCGGCUUCCAGCGGCAACUGCAGGAAUUCGAAACCUACAAACUGGUCGAAGAAAGAAGAAGACUGAAGGAGAGGUAUCCAUCCUUAGCAUUAGCAGACCGAGACCUCUCAGAAUGCAGAGUGAUGUUGGACUCAUAUCAAACGAUGCUCAGCGAACGCACCAUUUGUGAGGGGAAAUGUGCUAUGGGCAGGCAAUGCCCCACUGGUAACUGAUUGACCACAUACGUGGAAGUAGCAAACGUAACAUUAUACAUUAAAAAAACUCUAAGUAUUCAUUCAAAUCAAAUCAUUUAUUCAGCCUAGGCAAUUACAAGCACUUGUGAGAAAGUCGAAACUCUAUGCUAUCGGUUCGUAAACGACGGGAGACCUUGUACCGAUAAAAACCGGCAAGAAACUCAGUAAGGUCUGCUGUUUUCUUUUUCCCGGAAAGUACUCUUUUUUCUUAUUUGAAUGUACAUGAAAAAUUGCUCGCUUAAUUUGCAAAGAAGGCUUACAAAAGGUUUAUGCAGAACGGGCUCGAAACGCCAACCGCGAGCGCGCAAGCCGUCGAACGCGUCGAGCGUUGGUGACGGCGUCGGCGUCGGCGUCGGUUUAAGAAGAUCACCCUCCACACUCUCCACGUCCUCCACGGUCUCCAGUUACAGGCCCCGCUCUUCGCCCGCCGGCCUCUACAGUUAUACUGGCGGCUCAGCCCGUCCGAUCCGGUCGGCGUCCGGUUUGAGCGUGACCCGGAUGACGGAUCCCGUGGGUGGAGGGAGUGCGAUGGCCGUGGGCGGGACGGAGUACUCACGGAGGCGCGCCGCGUCUGCUCCAGCUACGCCCGCUCUAUCCCCAGCUUCAUCCCCGCCCGGAUCACCGCACAGAGGUCCACACAGGUGUGCAGAAAAUAUUUGUUAAUCAUCACAGCUUCAUUCCUUUUUGCUAUCAAUAGAUAACGCCAUAGUUAUAAAUAGUUGUUUUUUUUGACAAAUUAUGAAUAGUUUAAAAUUUUCAAUAUCCGUAUGCUCUUACAGUUAUUUAUAUAUUAAAAGAAAAAAAAAAAAUCAACCACCAUCUAUUGACAGCUGA